GGGUAUGUUUUUUUAUCUGAAAAAUGAUGCAUACUCUCACUACUAGGGACAUCACCCCCCAAGCUAUUCAACAGCAGCUAGAAUAUCUACUAAAAUGCGAAGAGCAUCUUACCCAGCUCAAGGAGCAGCGACAAGCACUUCAAGAGUUGAUUGAAAAAGAAGAGAGUCACCUCACGGACAUCAAGCAUGAUGUCCAGUGGCGGCAACUUAUGGCAGAGGUGGAGGGAAUUCGGAACGAGGAACCUUUAUGCAAUGACGAUAACGAGGGAGCUAAUAGCAACAUCGCCCGCCUAUGUAUCGCCUUCGAGGAUGCGAUUCAAAAAUUUAAAAGUAGCCUCAUUCAACCCGAGGACUAUGGCUCCGGCAGCGGUGACGAGUCUGUGAUUCCAUAUAGUGACACCGAUGAUUACGCCGACUUCACCGUCCUCGAGGAUGUUAUAGAGGAUGCGUUGGGUGAGGUGGAGUCCUUGUUGAUUACAAACAGUGCAACACAGUCGAGGGGUGUGGUUAGCAUGAAAUCAUCCUCAGUAUCUAUACAUGCUCAAGAAUCUUUUGUGGACAGCAAGUUCAGUGAGUCGUCGAAUGACUCAAGAAGCUAUUCUUUUCUGCACGAAUCAGAGUCUAGCAAAGACCAGGCCGCUGCCAGGAAAAGAGAUUGCGGUGAUUCUGCCGAGAUGGAAAAAGAAAAUCAGCAGCGUCGUGUUGAGCGUCGUCGUGGGCUUUUGCUGCUUCUAGUACUUUCAUUGUAUGUUGGCCGAAUUGAGGAACUUUGCAGCUUUGCCGAGAUAUCUGAUCAAAGUGACGUUCCAAGUGCCGAUGCUGAUGAGGCCCGUGACAGUGUUGUAGUGAUGUGGCAGUCUUUGCUUAAUGAUUCAAAGAUCCUGACGGAGGAUGAGCGAAGGGAGUGGGCUAAUAUAGUCUCUACCUACCUAGGCUCUCCGUUCGAUACCCCACCUUUGAGAAGCAUUAUUUGAAAAUACAGAGAAACGUGCACUCGCAGUGUGUUGUUAACAUUAUUGAAGGCUCUGAAUAGCAUCGAUGGUAAAAAAGUGGUUAUGGGGUGCAAAGUAGGCUUAAAAGAAA